CCACCACUCCAAAAAAAUGGCAUUUCCAAAUGGUGUAGAAUCUGCACAAGAACUCCUUGAUGCUCAAGCUCAUGUUUGGAACCACACAUUCAACUACAUAAACUCGAUGUCCCUAAAAUGUGCGAUACAAUUAGGCAUACCCGAUGCCAUCCACAAACACGGAAGCCCUAUGACGCUUUUCCAAUUAAUCGACGCCCUAUCCAUCAACAAGGCCAAAUCCAAUUGUCUCUUUCGUCUAAUCCGGAUUCUAGUCCAUUCCAAGUUUUUCGAAAAGGUCAAGAUUUUUUCUGAGGACAAGCAAGAGGAAGAAGAUGCUUAUUGUCUCACACGGGCUUCUCGUCUCCUAGUGAGGGAUGAGCCCUUGAGCCUGGCAGCCUACCCAGUGGCUCUGAUAGACCCCUUGUUCGUUGAUGCAUUCCAUCACAUGAGUGAAUGGUUCGUUGAUGAUCAGCCCUCUCCAUUUCACACCAAGAAUGGGAAGAGUGUUUGGGAGUAUGCAGAGAUUGACCAAGGCUACAAUCAAAUGAUCAAUAAGGCAAUGGAGGCUGAUGCGAGACUUGUGAGUAGUAUACUCGUUCAAGAAUGCAAGCACGUGUUCGAGGGGCUGGAAACAAUGGUGGAUGUCGCGGGUGGCACGGGUAUGGUGGCGAGAGGCGUGGCUGCAACCUUCCCGAGAUUGAAAUGUGUUGUCUUUGAUCUUCCACAUGUUGUAGCUGGCAUGGAAGGGUCUGAGAAGUUGAGCUUUGUUGGUGGGGACAUGUUUCACUCUAUUCCUCAUGCGGAUGCAGUUUUUCUCAAGUGGAUAUUGCACGACUGGACGGAUGAAGAAUGUGUUGCAAUACUGAAGAACUGCAAGGAAGCCAUAGCUCCAAGCCUCAACAAUGGGAAGAAGGUGAUUAUUGUGGACAUGGUUGUGGGUGAAGAUAGAGAAGACAAUGAAGCUACUGAAACUAAGCUCCUUUUUGAUGUUCAAAUGAUGGCUCUGGUUACAGGGAAAGAAAGAUCCAUGAAAGAAUGGGCCAACAUAUUCUAUGCUUCUGGCUUCACAAAAUAUAAUAUCACUCCCUUUGGAUUAAGGUCUGUGAUUGAGGUUUAUCCUUAAUGUUCAUUGUCUUGUGUGAAAUAACGUUUCAUCUAUAUGAGAUGAGACAUGCCAUAAAUAAUAAUGAAUUGUUGUGUGAGUCUAUCAAAUGUAUUUCUAGUCACUGUGUUACUUAAUCAUGUUUGUUUAACUUUUAUAUCUAAUGCAAUUAAUUUUGUAUAUAA